ACAUCCAAAACAAAUAUAACAUGGCGCUGUCGGCUGGUUGACCUAUUUUCCGGGUAUUUUAGAGCUGUAUAUAAUCAAGAAAACUCCCUAGUUUCAGUCAGUCUAUUUCGUUAAUAUGCGAUGGAAAGGAUCGGGAUGAUCACCGUGUACAUAUCUGUACUAUUAUUUCAUGUGAUCUGUGCCACAUUAACUGGGCGCCUGGCCUACUUUGAGACGCUACAUCACCGUGACUUCUCACAUGUGAUACAUAGACGUAGUCUCCACACACAGACACCAAGCCAUAGAGAAGUGGCUUUUAGUGCACUGGGCAGGCGGUUCCAUCUGUUCCUCCAAAGCCAGCGUGGCCUGCUGUCACCUGGGUUCCAAGCGUAUGCUGUGGACGGUGCGGGGAAGAAGAAGACCAUUAGUGUAGACCCUGAUGAGGUGUAUAGUGGAUAUGUAGAGGGAGAGCCAGACUCUAGUGUCCUGGCGUAUUUUGAAGACAAAGACCUGUCAGCUACCAUCAAAACACCAGAAGACACCUAUGUUAUUGAGCCCUCGUGGCGCCACCUAUCCAAGUCAGAAAACUACAGCAUGAUAGCGUACCGAGGGUCAGACAUGGAAAAGGAGUUCAACAAAGAACAUCCUAACCACAUUGGCUCCCAGUUUUGUGGUGCUAUUAAAGAGGGCUGGAAUGACACAGACACCAAUGAGGAGGACGCAGAUAAAGAUGAUGACACGGCAUCUCGUGCCAAACGUCAGACAACCUUCACACGGCGCAGGUGUCCGCUGCUGCUGGUGGCAGACUAUAAGUUCUAUGAGGAGAUGGGGCGCGGUGCGGAGGAAGAGAUGGGUGGUCUAAAGAGGACCACCACUUACUUGAUAGCGCUGAUCGCCAGGGUGAACCACAUUUACAGAAACACCUCCUUUGAUGGUCUGGACGACUUCGGCUUUGAAAUCAAAGAAGUCCGUGUCCACGAGACAGCAACAGUGCCUUCUGACCCAAAACGUCUCCACUACAACAUGGAUAUCCAGAAGGCACUAAAAAGGCAGUGGGAUACCAGAGAGUUACUAGAGGCAUUUGCUGCAGGAGGCGAUUACUCUGGUGUCUGCCUUGCUCACCUGUUUACAUUUCAAAUCAUAGGGCGUGUCUCCACUAAGACCCUGGGGACCCUGGGGCUGUCCUAUGUGGCCUCUGCCAACCCUGGGGACAGGGGAGGGGUCUGCUCCAAAGCAUAUUACAAGGGAGGUGCUGACAUGUUCCUGAACACAGGGUGGUCCUCAGCAAAGAACAGGAAUAAUGAGAGAAUUCUUACACAGGAAGCUGACCUGGUGACUGCCCAUGAAUUUGGUCAUAAUUGGGGCAGUGAACACGACCCAGACUCUGAGGAAUGUUCUCCCAACGCCUUUAAUGGCGGCAAGCACAUCAUGUACACGUACUCUGUGUCAGGAUAUGAGAAAAACAACAAGAUCUUCUCCCCUUGCAGUAAGAGAGCUAUGGGGGAGGUGCUGAGAGCCAAGUCUGCUUCUUGUUUUGUAGAGCCGUCCCAAAGUUACUGCGGCAACUACAUCCGUGAGGAGAAUGAAGAGUGUGAUGCUGGGUUGGAGGGAAAAUCAGGCACGGAUCACUGCUGUACGGAAUCAUGCACUUUGAGACAAGGGGCACAGUGCAGUCACAUCAACCACGCAUGCUGUACACAUCAGUGUGUGAUUGCAGGACCAACGCAGUUGUGUGAGGCUCGCCCAGACGUCAAUCUCGCCUGCGAGAAAAAUGCCUACUGCAAUGGUCUAGAUAAGGACUGCCCACCACCUCCUAAGAAAGACAAUGGGGAUCCUUGCUUUGACAGAGGAAAGUGCAAAAAUGGAAGAUGUCAGCCAUUUUGUGAGACACUUACUCCUUCUCAGAUACCCUGUGUUUGUGAUAAAGUGGAGGAUUCCUGCCUGUGGUGCUGCCAGGCCAACUCCAGUGCAGAGUGUGUGCCAUUUGUAAACCAAACCACCAAACUGAUGCUGGAUCUUCCUGACGGAAAACCCUGUUUGCAGGGAUAUUGUGUUGGGGGAAGCUGUAAGCUGCAGAGAGAGUCCCUGACACAGAGAUUCUGGAGGAUCAUUGAAGAGUUCUCUGCUGAUGCCUUUGUGGAGUUCAUGAGAGCCAACAUAGUGGGCACAAUUCUCUUCCUGUCCCUGUUCAUCUGGAUCCCUGCCAGCUGUGUGGUCUGGAGGAUUGACAAGAAGCGUGAGGUGGAGGCUGCGGCAGAGGCAGAGUGGUUCAGACCUGAGGCUGUUGAAGGAGAAAAAACGGUUAGAAAAUAGUUUGCAUGUGCAUGAUAUUGUUAAAAUGAACUAUGAUUUAAUUUUUCUCUAAGAAGUAAAAGUGAAAAAAAACAUAGCCACAGAAUGAUAUAAUAAUGUUUGGAAUGCAACAUUAUGAAUUGAAUAUUUUUUUAGCUGCUUCGAGAUUAAAAGAAAAUCAGUUUGCUUAAACACCUUGUUAUCAAAGCUGGCCUUUAGAAUCUUUCCUGAGGUUUAUAAAGCUUACGUGAACCUAUUUGCCAUGACAUGGAAUCAGAUGAAGAUAUAAUUGCAUGUCAAAUUUCACCAAACAUAGACGACAUCUUCAGCUGUCAUUUUCAAUCCAUAGUUUACUUCACUCCCACACCAAUUUAUUUUUACUCUUCUUCACAGACUUCAUUUUUUCCUGCUUUUCUGGCUGUACAAUAUACUGAAAAGUGUACUGAGACUGAUAAUGUUCCCUGAAUUAGGUUGAAAGUGGCAGCUUUGUGGCAGUUUGCAAUGAUAUUGUAUGCUACGCAUAGCUUGGAGCAAAUGUUAAUUAUAGCAUGAGGAUCAAUUUUCAUUUAUCACAAAAUUUCGAGUGGCUUAAUUACUGUCAAUAAAACAUUAGAGUCUUGUAAGAGUAAAAUACUUCUAUGAAUGCUGUAAAUGAUCUUUGUAUAUAGUACACACUGGUAAAUUGAGGAAUAAUCUAUUUUAAGCCUUUGAACUUUGACAGCUUCAGACAUCAGAUUCUAUUCAGACUAAUAGUUAUUUGUUUUAGUCAAGUAUACUUGUUCUGUUUAUUUGAGCCAAAAGAUAACAGUGAUAUCAUCAACAGUUUCUAAUACAAAAGAGAGCAUGUUUUCAUUGCUGUCAGAUAACCUUGGUAACUGU